AUGUCUUCUUCCUCUUUCACUCUUGUGAUACGUCCGCGUGGUCGCCCGAUCAGGGGCCUCCCCGAGUCUAUCACCGUCGAUUCUGAUGCGCCAGCGUCCGAGAUCUUCCGCAAGAUUGCGAGUGUCUCGAAGUUCUCGAUCCAUCGACUGAGAGUUACGAAAGGCAGCGAUGGAUCAGCCGUUCCCAAUGCUGCUGGCGUUACCGUUCAUCAGACCGGCCUAAGGAAUAAGAGUGCUGUCGAUGUCAAGGAUCUAGGUGCCCAAAUCUCCUGGCGAACUGUCUUCAUCGUCGAAUACCUCGGCCCUCUCCUCAUCCACCCGCUCAUGUACCUCGCUCGCCCAUACAUUUAUGGCACCAACACCCCGGCUUCGCAGCUACAGCAGCUCACACUCCUCAUGUGUGUGUUCCACUUCGCAAAGCGCGAGUAUGAGACCCUCUUUGUCCACCGUUUUUCUUCUGCGACAAUGCCGGCAAGCAACAUCGUCAAGAACAGUGGGUACUACUGGGUCCUGUCUGGUUUCAACCUAGCAUACUGGUCGUACGGUCCAAAUAGCCCUGCCACUCGUGCAUCGAACCCCCUCCUCACAUACAUCGGCGUGGCUCUGUUCGUGAUUGGAGAGGUCUGCAAUUUCUGCACACACUUGACUCUCAGGGACUUGCGUCGUCCAGGUAGCACAGACCGAGGUAUUCCGCAGGGACUCGGCUUCAACCUCGUGACAUGCCCCAACUACAUGUUUGAGGCGAUUGCAUGGAUUGGUGUGGCACUUGUCAACUGGAGCUUGAGCACGGUCAUCUUCAUCAUCGUUGCUGUGGGGCAGAUGGGUGUGUGGGCGUGGAAGAAGGAGAAGAGAUACCGCAAGGAAUUCGGCGACAAGUACAAGCGCAAGAGGUAUGCUAUUCUGCCCGGCAUCUGGUGA